UAACCCUAAUUCUAACCCUAACCCUAAUCCAAACCCCUAACCCUAAUUCUAAUCCUAACCCUAAUCCAAACCCCUAACCCUAAUUCUAACCCUAACCCUAAUCCAAACCCCUAACCCUAAUUCUAAUCCUAACCCUAAUCCAAACCCCUAACCCUAAUUCUAACCCUAACCCUAAUCCAAACCCCUAACCCUAAUUCUAAUCCUAACCCUAAUCCAAACCCCUAAGCUUAAAAUAGCCUUUGUCCUCAUGGGGACUUGGCCCCAGGAGAGAGCAUAUUUUCCCUGUUACCUUACUUGUGGGGACUUCUGAGGCUUUUAGGUCCCCACAAGGAUAGGAGAACCAAGCCACCCACAUUACUGUGGUGUCAACAGAGAGUUAUUGUUUAUUGUUGUCACUAGUACCAACAGAGGUGUGAUCAUUCCCUGUAUGUUUUGAGCUGACCGAUACCAGUAAAAAUAAACUUAAAGUCAUUAUAUAUAACAGCUAUUACAUUCCAAUCGUUCUCCUGUAGUUACACCAUGACACAAGUUCAACCAAUCGUUCUCCUGUAGUUACACCAGUACACAAGUUCAACCAAUCGUUUUCCUGCGUGAAUAAAAGGCUCCUUGAUAACCAGCAAUGUAACUGUCCUCAAACGUCAUCGCUGAUUGGCUGAUCAGGGUUUUUGAUGGCGUCAACUGAAAGACACAACUUACCUGUCUAACCGCUCUUGGUUGUCUGUAAACUCUGAGGGCCAAGCUGAGUACAGCUCACUACUGUUAAACGUUGAGCUCUACGGUGUUCCCCUCAGGUGGACCCCACAACGAUUUAAUUUGGAUUCAUGUGGACCGAGAGAUAUUAGAAGGACAUACCAUCGUCAGAACUGUCAUCUCCAAGUGCAGCUUCACCUUUUUUGGGGGGUGGGGGUGGGGGGUGGAUUUGGGACUGUAUUUGAGUGGAUUACUUUCCCUUUGUAAAGUGGAAGCUGUGGAGAGUAAAGCACAGAAGCUGUUUUACAGAACGAGGAGAGGCAACGGUGUGAGAUAAUGGCAUCCGGAUCAUCUCUACCAGAGGACAGGUUCUCCUGUCCAAUCUGCUGUGACAUCUUCAAGGAUCCUGUCGUCCUGGCAUGUGGCCACAGCUUCUGUGAAGUCUGUCAGCAGGAAUACUGGGCAGAUAAGAAACCUUGGAAAUGUCCAGUUUGUAGGAGAAGAUUUCCCGUAGCUAUGACUCAACCUCCUCGUAACCUGGCGUUAAAUGACGCGUGUGAGGCCUUCUUACAGGAGAGGAGGCAGAGAGCUUCCGCUGGGUCUGAGAUACAGGACAGGAGUCGGAGAGCUUCAUCUGGCUCUGAGAUACAGGACGGGAGUCAGAGAGCUUCAUCUGGCUCUGAGGUGCUCUGCAGUCUGCACGGUGAGAAAUUCAAACUCUUCUGUCUGAAGGACAAACAGCCCGUCUGCUUGGUGUGUCGAGAUUCAAAAGUCCAUAAAUCUCACGACUGUGUCCCCGUAGACGAGGUUGUCCAGGAUCUGAAGGAGGAACUCCACACCUCCCUGAAGCCUUUACAGAAGAACCUAGAGGUCUUUAACAACGUUAAACUAGCCUGUGAUAAAACAGCAGAACACAUGAAGAGUCAGGUCCAGCACACAGAGAAACAGAUUAGGAAAGAGUUUGAGAAGCUUCACCAGUUUCUACGAGAUGAAGAGGCAGCCAGGAUAGCUGCACUGAGGGAGGAAGAGGAGCAGAAGAGUCAGAUGAUGAGGAAGAAGAUUGAGGAGAUGAGCAGAAAGAUAUCAUACCUUUCAGACGCAAUCAGAACCAUAGAGGAGGAGCUGAAAGAUGAAGACAUCUCAUUCCUGCAGAACUUCAGGACCACAAAGGAAAGAUCCCAGUACACACUGCUGGAUCCACAGCUGGUCUCAGGAGUUCUGAUAGACAAGGCCAAACACCUGGGAAACCUGCAGUUCAGAGUCUGGGAGAAGAUGCUGGGGAUCCUCAAAUACACUCCUGUGAUUCUGGACCCAAACACUGCACAUCCCAGUCUCUCUCUGACUGAUGAUCUGACCAGUGUGAGAAGACCAGGCACGUCCCAGCAGUUCGUUAACAACCCAGAGCGAUUUAUGAGGUACACAAAUGUUCUUGGCUCCGAGGGGUUCAGCUCAGGAAUACACAGCUGGGAGCUGGAGGUGGGGGACCAUCCUGACUGGGUUUUGGGCGUGGCUAAAGAGUCCAUUGACAGGAAGCGGGAGCGUGAUGCGACACCAAAGAAUGGAAUGUGGUGUAUAUCACAGCACGGUGGGAAGUACAUAGGAGGAGGAGGUGACAUCAUCGCUCUGAAGAGGAGACCCCAGAGGAUCAGAGUGCAGCUGGACUACAACAGAGGGGAGGUGUCCUUCUACGACCCCAAAUACAUGACACCUCUCUACACUCUUAAAGUCAGAUCUACUGAGAGACUGUUCCCAUACUUUAAUAUUGGGAAUGUGGCUAAUGGCAACAACCCUGGUAUUCAGAUCUGCCAAUCGAAGGUGUCUCUGAAAGUGAAGUAAUCCCUGUGUGUGUGUGUGUGUGUGUGUGUGUGUGUGUGUGUGUGUGUGUGUGUGUGUGUGUGUGUGUGUGUGUGUGUGUGUGUGUGUGUGUGUGUGUGUGUGU